AAUUCCAAGAGAAAAAGAGGCAGACACCGUGUCUCCUUAACGUGGAUUUUGAGGAGUUUUGGGGAAUUGAGAGACUCCCUUUUCUUCCUCAAACCCUGUUCCUGUGUCAUUCGUAUACCAACAUCCAGGCCAAGAGCAGGAAAGUGCCAUGGACUCUAGGGCCGUGAUCCAGCUGUUGUUCUUGGGGAUGCUGCUGUUCCCAGUAGCUCAGGGACAAAGGGAUGAACUGAGCUCCGAGGAGGAAAGAAAAGCUCUGAUGCUCAAGCAUCUGCAGGAGGUCCUGGAGUUGUCAGAAAUGAUGGAAGAGGAGGAUGUAGGAGAGGUCACCUUGAAGGAGACGAAGGAAGAUUUAGUUGGUAAGGAGAUCUUUGAGGGAGACCUGCAGGAGGUCGAAGAGGAGGAAGGAGAAGAGGAGAGCCCUGAGGAAGAGCCCCCUCAUUCUACUCUGAUGACCCCAACAACAGCAUCACCAGCUCAGGAGGAAGAAGAGGAUGGCUUCACUUAUGUCUUCUCACGUCUGAAUAGCCUGGAUGCAGCUGUCCACCGCCUCAAUGUACAGUUCUACCACAUGGACAUGCGAGUCUCACAGUUCUCCCAGGGCUUGGCUGACCUGAAAGGGGGCCUGGCUGAGGCCCACGAGUCUCUUGCAGCCUUGAAGGAAGUCGCCACACGCAACCAGAAAGAACUUGGACGCAUUGAUGGUUGCUUGCGGGGCCGGCGCACUCAGGCCAAAUGCUUCCUGAUCUUCAAGCACUUUGAGGUCUACGACGCGGCUCAAAAACUAUGUGAGGUCAGAGGAGGUCACCUGGCAAUGCCCGCUGAUGCCACUGAGCUAGCUGUCCUCCGCCGAUACCUUCACGAUGCCUUCCAGCCCUACAACUGGCCAGCCUGGGUGGGCAUCCACGAUCGGCGUUCUGAAGGCCUGUGGCUCUUUGAGAAUGGACAACGUGUCUCGGUCUUUGACUGGUACCGUGACCACUUGGUGACCCAGCCCAAUGGUGGCACCCGUGAGAACUGUGUCUCCCUUAGUUCAGAUGACGGGAAAUGGUGGGACAAUGACUGCGAGCGGCGCAUGUAUUACAUCUGUGAAUAUCGCCUCUAGGGAGGGAAGAAGCUGCUCUUUGUCAUGCUCAGUCCCUCGGGUGCAUCAUCGAAUGCACACUCUGCCAUUACCAGUUCAGUGAUCAGUAGCCCAUGCAUGCAAUGACAGGUUACAACCUCUGGAAGGCAGUAGCUUUGCCCAUCUUUCGCAUGCAUGUAAGUGUGUCCAUUUCCUCUUCCUCCACACAACAUUCUGUCCUAGUGGAGAGGAACAUGUGGCCCUCCUGAUGUUAUUGGACUCCAUUUCCCACCUGCCCAAUAUUAUAUGGCCAGUGAUGGGCAAAGAUUGUGGGAGUUGCAGUCCAGCUAAACCUGGAAGGCUGUACAUUCCCUUUGGUGCGCUAUCAAAAGACACCUCUACACAAUAUUAUAUAUACAUGCAGCUGCUAUUGGCCCUGUAUUAUUGUCUUAAGGACUUUAUCAUACAGGGAAAAUCGGGGCUUUAAACAGUGAUUAUCCCAUGUCAAUCAUGCGUGCAAUCACGAUAAGUUUUUCACACGACAUUGUGGUUAAAGA